UAAAUUUGACCUAGAAUUAGGCCAAACUUUUGAGAUGGUAUAUCCUCAAAAUACAAGCUUGAAUGAAAAAGAAAGAAUGAAUAUAUGCUUUCUAUCAUUCCCAGAUUCAAAUUCGUCAACAAUUGGUGAUACUAUUUAUCAUUUUCGCUUACCUAUUGCUUUUUCCCAUCGAAAGUCAUUUUCUCUGUCAUUAACCUUUAAUAAACAAUGUUUACCCAUCCUUAUGGUAAAUGAAAACUCUUUUUAUGGAUAUGUUUUUUUUCGCCAAGUCAAAGAUCCCUCUUCAAUAAGGGGAUAUUUUCAAAAGAGCCUAAUAAUUCUAAGCAAAUAUACUUUUCACAACCUAUUUUAUUAUAUAUUAAACAUGAUGGCACCAUUUUACUUUGAAAAUGGAGUUCCUGCUCUAGAAUCAGCAUCAAAUGAUAUUGACCAAUGGCCCCCACCCAAACCAGGAAUUUUGUAUAAUCUACCAUUUAUGGGAAAAAUUAUCAAAUGCAGAAUUCCUAAAGGCGAUGACCUGCUCAAUAAUUCUCACAUAUUGGAACUCUAUCAGGACGACAAUUUUCAUUAUAAGGAUGCAUUUAACACGAUAUUUAUACCAAAUCUUUACGAAUUCGAUAUUUAUAACUGUUUAUGUCCAAUAAUCUCGCAAAUCCAUCUGUUAUGGGAAUUAGUUCUGAUUUGCCAACCUAUACUCGUAAUUGGAACGUCGCCCUCUAUAUGCUCAAGCGUGGUGGAAGUGUUAAUAAGUUUAAUAUGGCCCAUUAAAUACGCUCCCGAUUAUCGACCCUAUUUUACUAUACAAGAUCAAGACUUCAAACGAUAUAUAUCAUCAACUAACGAUAAUCCACCUUCGGUAUUACUCGGUGUAACAAAUCCAUUCUUCGCGAAAACGUUACAGCAUUGGCCUCAUAUCGUUCGAAUAAAUCCGCUCAUAUCGCCAAAAUCUUCCAAAAUUAAGAAAUCCAUCAAAAGGGCAUCAUUGUUGCAACCGUUCGAAAAUAAAACAGGCGUUUACACCAAAUACAAAACCUAUAUUAACAAAGACAAAUGGUUCCUCAACAAAUUAAACAAGAAUCGACCAACGGAAGUGAAAAAUGCUUUAAUUAGGAGACAUUUUACCGAGUUAACUCAAAGCUUCAUGAUACCAUUGGAAAGAUACAUAGCCAGCCUAUUACCUCUUUUCGACGAUAUAUCACCAUUCAAAAAAUGGACGGAUAUCGGAAAAUUUAACGAAGAAAAUUUUUUGAAGACCAUCAAACAAAACGGUCCACAUCUCACUUCCCAUUUAAAGGGAGAUUGGGAAGGACUUUACAGAAAGUAUUUUUUGUCUCCCAAUUUUGCAAACUGGUGCGAUACUAGGGUGCUCGAAUUGAAGCGAAAAGUGGAAAUUAUUUUGUCACAAAAGCUACAGGAUGUUGAUUUUCACGCGUUGUACGCAUAUAAAACGGAAACGGAAAUAGUCGAUGUUAUAAUUAACCUAAGAGAUAAAUUGAAACGAUAUCUCAAGUCUGACCCGACAGUCUUUCACAAAACGAUAAUUUUUUUAGAAUCUCAAAUAAAGGGACUUAUUGAUCAACUACCUCAGGAUUUACAAAUUUCGAUAAAAUAAAUAAAUUAACAAUUUAUUUUUUUAUAAGUUAUAUAUAAGUUAGAUUUAUAUCAAAAAUACGAUAUUUAUAGAUGUUAUUUAUAUUAUUUAUUAUAAAUCAUGUAGAUAAUUUAUAUAAUUUUGAA